AUGUCUCAUGUCUUUCCUAUGUCAUGGCUUUCCAAGUUCAAGCCAAAGGGCACCAAUUCAGACCACAAACCCAUGAAACCAAACCAAAAACCCGAACCGAAUUUUGUGUUUCGGAGCAAUCCAAAGCCUGCAACUUGGAAAGAUGGUCGAUUCUAUGGCGGCAGUGAUGACUCUGACUGGAGGCUUUCGUUUGGGGAGGACAGGCCUAGAGGAGAGAAAAGCACAGUUGGUUUGCAAUCAGUUUGGUAUGAGUCAGAUGAGGAGCUUCAAUUUCCAGUUGGGUCGAAAAUGGCAGGAAGAGAGGAGACAUGGAAGUUCAAUGACAUGGUUCCGGAUAUACGAAAUUUCAAGAGAGAAUUGCCGCCAAGUUUAGAGAUUUCACCGGAAAUUGUUGCGUGUAACCGAGUAGAAAAAGAAAGAGAGUGCAGAGAACUCAAAGUACAGAGGAGGAAAGCUGUGAAAGAUCAAAAAUCGCGAAGAACAAUUCGAAGAGUUUUGGGAGAAAAGUUGGAAGAAUUAGAAGAGAAUAGUACAGUCCCAUUGGAGAAAGAUAUAUUUGAACUUGAACCGAUAAGGAUUGUUGAAAAAACAGAUUCUGAUUCUGGAAAACAUUUUUAUGUCUCUUCUGUGAAUUGCGCGUUUGAAGCUCUCAAUUUGGAGGAAACUGAUGGGAUAGGUGAAGAAAAACAGAGAUCAGAGUGGGAAAAAUUGAAGGAAAUGAAAAUGAAAGAGCUAAUUUCAAAGAGUGAGAAACAGAGGAAAUCUGUUUACAUAAACAGGCAAGUGCAGAGAAGAACAAAACAGAGCAGCAAAGUAAAAGUUUAUUCGCCGAGAAUCAAAGCUCUGGAAGAUAUGAAGAAAGCAAAGAUGAAGAUGAAGAAGAAAGCGAAAGAAGUUGAGGACAGAACUGCCUUUGACAGCUUUGCGGUGGUGAAAAGCUCGUUCGAUCCUGAUCAGGAUUUUAGGAAUUCGAUGAUUGAGAUGAUCAAUGAGAGAGGGAUCAGGAAAGCUGAAGAGCUUGAGGAAUUGUUGGCUUGUUAUCUGACAUUGAAUGCCGAUGAAUAUCAUGAUCUCAUAAUUGAGGUGUUCAGGCAGGUAUGGUUUGAGCUCAAAUUGGAGAGUUUUAGUCCUGAAUUACAUAAUGCAAUCAACAUAGCGAACUAUGACUAG